UCUCUUCAGAUUCUUCUAAAGAUGAUGCUAGGAGGCACACCUAGCGAAGUAAAUCCAAACAGUCUAUGGCUAAAUAGUCGAGGCAUGUGGCUAUCAUACACAAUAGCUGUUUUGCUCUUACACCUAAUACUGCUCAGUUUUCCCUUUCUGAGUGUUGCAUGGGUAUGGACUCUCACAAAUAUAAGCCACAAUACUGCUAUGUUCAUCAUUUUACAUAUUGUGAAAGGUACUCCUUGGGAAACAGCUGAUCAAGGAAAAGUACGGUACCUUACACACUGGGAACAGAUUGAUAAUGGAGAGCAAUUUACAGCAACAAGAAAGUUUUUGACUGUAGUGCCAAUUAUCUUGUUUUUCCUGACGAGUUUUUAUACUAAAUAUGACUCGACACAUUUUUUUGUGAAUUUUGCAUUCCUUAUUCUUGUACUUUUGCCAAAAAUGCCUCAGUUUCACAUGGUGAGGCUUUUUGGAAUUAAUCAAUACUGAAAAAUAUUUCAGAGCUGUUAGCCAGUUCAACUAUUUUUAUGCAACUGUUCUAAUUAACACUUUAUAGGAAAACUAAAGAACUGUUGUUACCUUGAUGAAGUUUUAUAUUCUUUUUAAGACGUUAAAGGUUGUAUAUAUGUAAUAUAGUUGUGAGUGAAACACAUUUCUCAAGGACAGUUUUCUGCCAGAUAGCCAGUAAAAACUAACAAGAUACUUUAAAAUAUAUAUAUGUGUGUGUGUGUAUGUUGAAUGUAGUUAAAAAUAAGAUGUUUUUUAUACCGGUUAUUGCAUUUCAUAGUAUUUUUAUUAUUUAUAGCAUUUUAAUUUACUUAAUUCAAAUUAGAAAGGAAAUUCAAUAUGUUUUGAGUAAUAAAUGCUAAAAUACAUCUUUAUGAUAUAUUUUUAUUUAAAAAUUAUUAGAUGUUAUUUUAGAUGUUUUAAGAGAGAGAGGGAGAACAGGAUUGUUGCAAUUUUAGUGGACCUGAGAUCACACUCAUGAUAUUUCAGCAUUUCAUGUUUAGUGUGUAUCUCUAUUAACUCCUAGAAUUCUCUCACUCUGUGUUUGCUUCGUUUUAAAACUAUUCUGGGGAAAGGGCAAAAACUGAGAUAUAAUUUUGCAAAUUAUAUUGAGAAAAUAAAUAUCAAGUGUAAAAUAUAUUUAUUAUGUACCUCAUUUACUAAAUUUUAUAUCUAUCUUCUUAAUAAGCAUAGAUAUAUUUUUAAAAAUUGUAUUCUUAAAUGUAUUUUCUUGCUUUAAUUUAAAAACCUUUAAUAUCAAAUUUCUCCUCCUUUUUCUUUUUAUUCUGGUAUGAUGGAAUUGAGAGCCUUUCAGGAUUUGGAUUCAAGAAAAUUUAAUUAUCUCUAACUUUCAAUCAAAUAUUAAGUUGAAUAGCAAGUAGCAUAUGCCGAAUAUUUCUCCCGUAGUUAAACAUGAAAAGCAGCAAACUGGUGUUUUAUAUAAGGAUGGGAGGGGGGUUGAAAUUAGAUUAUAUUGAACUAAUUACUGAAUAGAUGGAAAUUCAUGUUUAAUCUGAAGGAUUUUUUAUAUGUUUUUGUAUAAUUUCAAAUCAGUUUAAAUGAACUAUGCACAGUGUGCUAUUUAAAAUGAAGUUUAAUUAAUAUAAUUAAAUUUACAUAGAUUAAAUAAGAUAUAUGCAUAGAUAAUUAAAACCAUCGUAAUAGCUUUAAAUUGUCUUUCAUAUAAAAAUGUAGUUCGGUAAUGAACAUUUAUGUUUUCAAGAGACAUAUUAUGUUUAUUAAAAUAAUAUUAACUAAGUCAAAAGUGAAAUUUUAAGAUGAAAAUUCUCACUUUUAAAUUAGUUGAUAUUUUUAGGAUUUAUUUGAGAUUACAUCUGAGAGUUUCUGCGAUUUUUAACCCUAACCCUUUCGUGACGAGUUUUUUUUUUUUUUUUUACAACAGAACAAUUGUGAUAACAUAAACUAUGAGUAGGGCAUACUAGAAUGCUAAAAACUAAGAUGUUAUAUUUUUAGAAAAAUUUUGAACACUGAUUUAGGACCGCGGCAUAUAUGUCCCAUCAGUCCUGAACGCUAGGACAUAUGUGUCCCAGUAGUCUUCAAUGAGUAAUUUUGUAAAAAAAACCAAUGAUUUUCUAGUCAUAAAAAUUUAAUUAUGAAUGGUAUGGUUUGAUACAAUCAAUGCACUAUGCGACAUUACACAUCGUGCACAUUAUUUUAGUGCGUGAUUCCUUCUUUUGUUGUGCACAUUUACGGCACCGCCAUCAUGUUUUUUUUUUUUUUUUUUUUUUUUUUUUUUUUUUUUGUUGUUGUUGUUGUUGUUACUGGCAGAUGGUCACCAACAUUGAGUAAGCUUUGUGAUGUUUUGGAUGGGCGUCCAGUUCCUCUACGGCAUUGAUACUAUGCGUUGAACUUUCCGGACGCCAUCAAGGCUUCUGCAAGAGGUACAAUAAAAUCAAGAAGUGGUGUUUCAAUGAAAUCAAGAAGUGAGCUUUCACUUCGGCACUGUUUGAAAGUUUGUUUCAGGCACGAAACAACCUCGUCAAUAUAAUAUGUUUUACUUGCAUUUUCUGGCUUUUCUGGUGCUGCAAAAUAUAGUUUCGACAGCAACGUUUUACAUCUGUCUCUUGAAAUAGCAUUUUUUUAUUGCUAUGUUUCCCAAAGAAGAAUUAGAUGACCAAUAAUGAGAGAAUUUCGGCACCCUUUUGUAAGACAUGACAAGCAUGCAUCCAAAGACAAACAUAAUUUCAGAGGGGUUUGUUGGGUAAAUUGUUUGUUCUAACUUUUCGAGUCGUUGGUUUGUGCAUUGAGAGAUCCAAAUCAUAAGACUUUUUGGAAAUAUCUUGAGAAACACGUCCAAUUCGGUAGCUGAACGAUUUAAGUUGAAUAACAAACUAGGCGAUGACUCUGUUGGAAUUGUCAUUCGAGGUUGGAAAGUUGAAUCUGCAUGAAACCAUAAGAUUGGUUUGCAGCCUGAAGAAUUAGCUGAUGGUAUAUCUCAUCAACUGAUGAAAGUGAUGCCGUAUCAGUAUCACUCAAAGCACCGCUGUUCUUUGUAUUUUGGGAAAUGGUAUCAUGAUCGAUAUCCAUUUCACACUCGUCUGAAUCAGAUGAGUACUGUAAAUUGUGUGUUGGAUCUUGAAAAUCGUGAUCAUCUAUUUCAUCAUCCAAAUCAAUAUCUUUGUCAUCUGACUCUUCUAAAAUUUUUUGAUUUCUUCAUUAGUAAGUCCCCGGCGUCGAGGCAUUAUAGAUUGAAUUAAUAUGUGCCUAAAUUAAAAAUAAUAAGCAACUAUUUUAAAAGUAACUGAAAAAUAUAAUAUCUAGAGAAAUGAUCACAUAGGACUGUACAUUUCAAUGUGUUCCCACUAUCCAAGACGAGAGGGACACAUAUGUCCCGAUAAUAAAAACGGAAGUAAAACUUCGCCACUUACCAGUUUAUUAGAGGUAAUCCGCUUCAUGAGUAACUUAUCUGGCCUUAGAUUUAUGGAUAAAUCAAAAUUUAAUCGAAAAUAGGCAGUAUUUUCCAAAACUAAACUAUUUACGUUCGUAGAGUAUGGAAUGAGCUGCUACAACACUUCGAAAGCAUAGAAAUUGCAUUGUGUACAGUAGUGCCAUCUAUGUCCUGUGAAUGAAAAUAUCUUCAAAAUUCUUCAUUUGGCAGGACUGGUGGGAAAGUCUCCCAUUAGACAGAGAAGUGUUUCUAUCCCAAAAGCAUUUUUUGAAAUUUGCAUGGGACGUAUAUGUCCCAUUAGGCACGAAAGGGUUAAGGUAAAUUUUCUGUAUUUUUCAAGAUGAAUGAUGAGCAAUGAAGCAGUCAUAGUUUGGUAUUGAAAUAUGAUACAAUUAAUUUAUUUUAAUUUUAUGUAUAUUCAUGUUUGUGAUUUAGAUAAUUUUUCCAGUGAUCUCUAAUUGAUGUGUAUGUAAUUUUCAGGCUUAGAAAGCAGCUAUUUAUUUAUUCCUUAAUAUAUAGGUUGUAUAAAACAGUGGUCUCAAGCUGGCAACCCCAAAGCAAUUUUUUGCGUCCUGCAAAUACAUUUCAUUUGUGUACUUCUUGCAGAGAUUUUAAGAUCCGAGUUAACAUUAUUGUCAUUACUGCUAUUAACAAGCAUGAAUAACACACUAUAAAAUCUACAAAUAAAGCUAAUUAAUUUACAGUGUGAUAUAAAAUUUAUUCAAAGAUAUGAAGAUGCAGAUUUGAUUAACUGUUUUUCACAAUUUUAAAAAAAUAAGCACAUUCAAUUACAAAUUUUUGCAUUAAGAAUAAUCACUUUGUUUGGGAGUACAUUUAUAUGUGAACAGUUUUUUUUGGGGGGAAAAGGGUGCAUCUACA